CUUUGUUUACAAAAACUGACAGAUGGCGAACAAAGGUUGGCUGACAAGCAAAGACACGAAAAAUAUUUGAAACUGUUGGAUCGUGCGAAAAAUAAUACGUUAUGAGGAUGAAAGAAUGGUAUAUGAAUACUGUUUUAUAAAUGUGAAAUGUGUAAACACAAAUAAACUGAUUUAUUUCGUUUAAACCCGUGAACAAGAAAAUUCAAGUGCGACCUUCGAUAAUUCAUACCAAUAGGCAAUACCAUACGGCGCACGUAUCUUCAGCUGACGUUUCUCUUGUUCAGUUGUUUGCUACUGUAACGAUAUGGUGAAUUCAAUUAUUGAAACAUGAUCACAAGAAUACGCCAAUGACUUCUUUACUGCAUACAUGUUUCAACAAAAGCAUUCCUGAACACUAAUGAAACUCAAUCUCAGCCCUUGUUUUUGUUCUUUCACUCAACUUACCGCUGUCAAGCUAUAAUAAUAUAAAACCAUGGAAUCUGUCAUUGGCCACAUUACAGUGUACAAGUUUGGAACGAAGUAUACACCAGUGCAAACAAGAAAAACACGAUUUGUUGUGCAUGCGAAUAGGAAAUUGCACUGUGACCGCCCGGCUUUGAUCUCUAAAAUCCACCAUCUUCUAGCCAUUCAUCGACAAGAAACUCAAGGGUCACACAAACGCUUAAGGAUAUAUGAACCAGACUCUUUACAUGGACUAAAUUCUGAUGGAUAUCCAGUUAUUUCAAGAGAGGAAGGUUGCCACAAUAUUCACAGGGAAAUAAAGUUGGCAAUCCGACAAUGUUAUGAGGAGCAAAUCAAUGAAAGCCAGCUCUAUCCAGUUGGAGAACUUUUCAUGGAAUUGUUUCAAUGUCAGCAAAGCAAAAAAUCCCUCUUUAGUCCACUUUUUGACUAUUCUGCAACAUGUAAAACACAUAAGGGUAUAAGCAGUUUAUAUCCAUUCUCAGACAGGCAAAAUAUCUAUGCAACAUUUGAGUACUUUAUGCAUCAUAUUUGCUAUGCUAGACAACAUCUCUGUCAAACAGGGAAGGACAUAAUAAAUCAAGAAAUAGAAGAAGACUCUGGAACCCUGCCAUUGUCAGCAGCUUUGCAGAAGAGAGACUCUUCAUUAGUGUUGAUACUACUCAGGUAUGGAGCUGAUCCGUUUAAGACUCUUGAGAACUUUGAAGAACACAUGCGAAAUCCAACAGAGCAGAUACUGGAUGAUCUCAAUGGUUUGUUCUUGUUCAGAAACACUGCGUUCAGUGCACAAGUGUGUGCUGAGCUGGCAGCUGAAGAAGGAAAGGCUCGAGAAUGCUUGAUGCUCAUACGUAGAGCUGUGCCUUGCAUCCAGCUAGAUUGCUCAACAUUUAUCAGAACCUCUUCCCAAAAUGACUCAGAAUCAGAAAACAAUGAUUCUGAGAGCCUGCCAGUUCGCCAUGUCACAAAGUACAGUGUGCUGCCAAAACUUGCUCAGACAAUUGAUAUGGAUUUGUUCAAAGCUCCGUCCAACCUUAAGCAUCUCUGUCGAUGUGCAGUUCGUAAUAGAAUUGGCAAUAAUUGGCAAAAAGUUAGCAGUAUUCCGAAAGGAAUUCAGUCACUUCCUUUACCUCGACGCAUGAAAGAAUACCUAGAUUUGCUGAGUGAUUAAUAUGAUAUUUGUUGGGUUAUCAAUUGAACAUAUUACAACAUAAUUAUAUAGUAAAGUUUUUUACAUUAUUAUUGUAAAAAAUAUUUUUAUGGAAAGACACUUUGAUAAAUCAAAUGAGCCUUAUUUUGAAAAAACUGGGCUUAAUGCAUGUGGGUAAAGUGUCAUCCAAGAUUAGCUUGUGAAGUUCGCAAGGGCUAAUCAGGGAUGACACUUUCUGCCUAAACUUGAUUUUUGGUAAGGAGGGACUUCCUUGAAACUAAAAAUACCAUAAAAGCGGAAAGUGUCGUCCCUGAAUAGCCUGUGCAGACUGCACAGGCUUAUCUGGGACGACACUUAAUGCACAUGCAUUACGCCCAGUUUUCUCAGAACAUGACUCAAAUAUGUUGUCCUGGGAAAACCAGACUUAAUACAUGUGCUUAAAGUGUCUUCCUAGAUGAGCAUUCGCUUUUAAUUAAUAAGUUUUUUGGAAUUUUUCUUUAAAGGGAAUUUCCUUCUAAACUUUUAAAACAAAAGUCAUAUCUAGGUGAAGUGUUGCUGCAUGGCUCAACAAUUUAUCCUGUUUUGCUGCCAAAUUUUUUGGGCAAACUAUGAUAUGCACAACUUUAAAUUACUAAUAUUUAUUUAUAACAUUUUAAAUUGUAAGGAUUACAAAUAGAAUACGUGAAAUUAUCAUAUUCAUAAUAAAUCUAUUGUUUUAUGACCAUGUUGCAAUAAAACAUUUUUAAAGAUUUUAAUCAGAAAUAGAAUAUUGCUGUGAUAUACAUGAUUAUUUAUUAAUAUUUAUCUUUUACAGAUUUUUUGUUCAUGUGCAUGUUUAAUUUGAAAUAAAAUUUUAAUUUAUUUGCAUGAAAUCCUAGUGUAUUUAUUUUAGUAUUGGUUUUAAAUAGCAAAGCUUUUUAUGUAAAGAUGGUGUAAAAGGGGUGAAAUAGAACCCUUUAAAAACAUUUGUAUCAUACCAUCAGAAAGGCAGAUGCAUAUAUUGCAUUAGUUUUGAGUGCAUUUUAAUAAUGAAACUUAUUGUCAUUACUAAUAUGUGUUAAGGCUUUGAUACGAAUUCUGUUAAUUGUAUAUACUGUGUCUCUUGCUGUGAAUAUAAAAUCACUAUACAGAUAAUAUGUGAUUUUUUGCAAAUUGUGUUGUUUCCAUAUUUUCUCAAAUAUUGAACCUUUAAUUGUUUUAGCUGUUGGUUUAAGCUGAAUUUUUCUUGUAUCAAAUUAGACAUUAAUCAACUGCAUUUGUUUAAAUGUGAUGAUGUAAUUUACCUUUAUUAAUUUCUAUGAAGAACAUUGAUUAACUUUCCCAUUUGUUAUAUGAUUGAUUAUGAUUGCAUGAAAACAAAUCAAAAGUAACAGUUGUUUUAACAGUAUAUUCAUGUAUGUGCUUAACAUUUGAUUGCUUGAGAUUUGCUUAAGAAAUAUGUCAUAUGCUUAAAAGUAUGCCCCCUUCAAAGUAGACGGGAUUAAAAAUGCACUUUUUUAGUUUUACAGUCAGUACCAACAAAGUCCAUGUGAUUGUAUAUACUAUUAUCUUUAAGUCCCCAAAUCUAGUCAAGACUUACUUUAUCACCACCUAUAGCCUGUGUAGAAAGUAACACCACUUUUCAUACAUGUAGCUCAAAGGUCAAGGUCGCACUUAAAGGUCAAAGGUAAAAUUCGGCUAGUAUACAUCUCCACCAGGCUUAUAUGUCUUAAUUAAUUAGGCAAUUUUAAAAUAACAUGCAAGUGAUGAUAACAUGUGAACAUCAUUGCUGGCAUACAUGUGUCUAUAGCUUAUUUCACAGAGGUGAAGUUCAAAAGUCAAAUAAAUCUUAUGUUUUAAUUCUUUGUAUGCAAAAUUUGAAAUACGUAAUGUGUUAUAACAUUUAGUGUAAGGGACACACCGUUUGUAUGUGUCUAAACAUGAGUAGUUGGGGCAUCUGUGAUACAUUUGAUUUGAUUUUGAAUGGUAAGUCUUCACGUUUUUCCGUGUAUUUUUUGUAAAUUUUAUUGCUGUUUUUACAUAUUUUAGAGUUAAACAUUGCGUGGUUAAUUUUUAACAUGUCCAUGGUCUUUAUUUGCCCACAAAUUAUUUAGGCUUAAACAUACAAAAUAUAAUUAACCAGUUUCAUAUGUGUAAUGUUUACCAUUUUCGUUGUAUGCAAACACUCUGAACUGUAUUUCUCAAUGUAUUUGUAUGUUCCUGACUCUAAACAAAUGGAUUUGUGAGUACAAAUCGUAUAUUUAUACAGAACAAAACAGAUUAUAUGAUUCGCGUUCUGAGAAAACUGGGCAAAAUGCAUGUGCGUAAAGUGUCGUCCCAGAUUAGCCUGUGCAGUUCACACAGGCUAAUCAGGGACGACACUUUCCGCUUAAUUGGUAUUUUUCGUUUAAAGGAUGUCCCUUUUACAAAAAAAUCUAGUUUAAGCGGAAAGUGUCGUCCCUGAUUAGCCUGUGCGGACUGCACAGGCUAAUAUGGGACGACACUUUACGCACAUGCAUUAUUUAUAAACAGUGAUACAGACAGAAAUGUUGAUUUAGUAUCUGAUCUCACAUUUGACAUCUCAUUUAUGAAGUGAAAUUCACCAUAGUUUUUGAGGGGUUAAGUGUUGCGCGACAACAUUAAAAUGUGUAUAAAGUCUUAUAUUUAUCAGUCUAUUAUUUAUUGUAAAGUAAAUCUAUUUUUACAAAACAACGUCCGGCAUGUUAAUGUGUAAUUGUGCAUGAGUUUAUUUUAGACUGUAUAUGUGUUUAGAAUGAUUAUUUAUUUAUCUAUCUACAUGUGUGCGUGUGGUAAUUGUAACUUAUAUUCAUAACAUGUAUUUAAAUUAUAAGUUAUUUUACUCCUACAUGUACCUUUCCUUUGUCUGGUUUCUUUUAUUCAAUUUUAUUAUACAAAUAAACUUAUUGUCAUCCUA